GCUGCGACGCGGAGCCAGCAAACUCGAGCGCCUGAAGAUUUUUAACUCUUCGCGUUCUCCCCCGCCUCGGACUCAGCGCGCCUCAUGUUCCGCCAGGUGCUGGUGGGCCGCCUGUCGCCCCGAAUGCUGCCUCUCGCGGCUGCCCUGCUGCUCCAGAGGAAGGAAAGGAAAGAGACUGGCUUCUAUCACUGGCGGCGUGAGAAACAUCCUUACUACAACCUCACAGUGAAAAUCCUCCGAGCCAGAAACAUAAAAGGAACAGAUCUGUUGUCCAAGGCAGAUUGUUAUGUGGAAUUGCGUCUGCCAACUGCAUCGCCAAUCACUUACCAAACGAGAGUAAUUGAUAAUUCCAGCGAUCCAGAAUGGAAUGAAACAUUCCGGUAUAAAAUUCACAAUGCUGUUAAGAACACUCUUGAGUUGACACUCUUUGAUGAAGAUGUUCUUGUAAGUGACGAACUUACUUCUGUCGUGUUUGAUGUGACGGGGAUGGUGCCAGGCCGUCCUCUGAAAAACACUUUCAAGCUAAAAGAAGACAGGGAGGAGCUAGAUGUAGAGUUUUUUCUGGAAAAAAGUUCAGAUGCUCCUACAGAGGUCAUCACUAACGGAGCCCUUGUGGCUUAUCCUUGCCUUUGUCUGAAAGGGGUACUUAACAAAGAUGACAUGUCAAAGCUGAGAGAGCAAGCAAGCAGUCAUCUGUUCAAGAUUUCGCUUCCUGGAUCCUAUGAGAAGCAGUUGUGCAUUCCUUGCAAACCAGACUCUGAUCAGGAUUGUGGAAUCCCCUUUGUCUUUCACAUAGGCAAAGAUAUGUGUUCAGAACUGGAUGUGGAGCUGGAGCAAACUAUUACCGUCCUUCAGGAUGGAGUGAGUCCUGACUUUGAAAAGCACACCACUGUUCUUGGAUCAGGAACUGCUCCAUUGCAGUCACUUCCUUUGGGAAAGGAUAUUGAUAUGACAAUUCCACUAGGAAAGGGACAAAGUGUAGAUCUGCACAUGAAAGCUGAACAAAUGAGAAAAGAUCUUGAUGUACGUCUGGGUUUUGAUCUUUGUAAAGAAGAACGAGAAUUUUUGGACAAGAGGAAGAAAAUAGUUUCUCAGGCACUAAAGCAGACCCUGAAAUUGAGAGAGGACCCUAGUGAAGAUGAGGUUCCUGUAGUAGCAGUCUUGGGAUCUGGUGGAGGGAUGAGAGCACUGACAUCAUUCUAUGGCAGCCUGUUUGGGCUUCAGCAGCUAAAUCUUCUGGACAGUGUCAUAUACCUUUCUGGAAUCUCUGGCACUACGUGGUGUUUGUCAAUGUUGUACCAAGACUCUGAAUGGUCGUGUAAAGAGCUUAGAGACACAAUCAGCAAUGUCCAGAAAAAAAUGUCCAGCAGUAAAGUGGGAGCAUUUUCCUCAGAGCGGCUGAAGUAUUACUUUCAGGAACUGAAUGCAAUGGAGAAUGCUGGACGGAAAGUGUCUUUCACAGAUUUAUGGGGGCUUAUUGUGGAGUACUUCCUCCAGCAAAAGGAGGACCAGUCAAAACUCUCUGACCAGCAGGAAGCGGUGAAACAGGGGCAAAAUCCCUAUCCCAUCUAUGCAGCUGUUAAUGUGAGGCCCAAUGUUAGUGGUGAUGACUUUGCAGAAUGGUGCGAGUUCACCCCCUAUGAAGUUGGAUUUCGCAAGUAUGGUGCUUUUGUCCGAACAGAAGACUUUGACAGCGAGUUCUUCAUGGGACGGCUGAUUAAGAAACAUCCUGAGCCCAGAAUCUGCUUCUUGCAGGGAAUGUGGGGCAGUGCCUUUGCUGCAAGUCUGGAUGACGUUUUUUUGAAGGUGGUUGGUUCAGGAUUCAGUUUUCUCGAAUCUCUGGGUGCUGUUGUCAAAGUUAUAGAUGAUUGUCGACGAUUCCAUCUCCGGGACCCUAUGAGGUUGAAAACACGUCUAGUUAUACCAGGUGGACCCUUGAUACAAAUUUUCCAGGACUUCUUCAAGUCCCGUGUUACUGCUGGGGAAACCUUUAAUUACAUGCAAGGCUUGUACCUUCAUAGGGAUUAUGUCAGCCUCAAUAAAUUUGUGGUUUGGAAAGGGACCCAUCUAGAUGCUUUUCCUAAUAUGCUGACUCCAAUGGAAGAGAAUCUUUAUCUAGUGGAUGGUGGCUUUUCUAUCAAUUCUCCUUUUCCCUUGGUGCUUCAGCCGGAAAGAGAUGUUGAUAUCAUCCUGUCAUUCAAUAACUCUUGGGAAGCACCAUUUGAGGUUUUACAGCUGACUCAGAAGUACUGCAAAGAACGGGAAAUUCCCUUCCCACAAAUUGUGUUGAACAAAGAGGAUGAAGAAAAUCCUAAGGAGUGUUACAUGUUUAUGGAUGCUGAGAAUCCAAAGGCUCCCAUAAUUCUUCACUUCCCUCUGAUUAAUGACACAUUCCACAAAUACAAAGCACCAGGAAUAGAGCGUGAAUCGGAAGAAGAGAGAUCUUUUGGUGAUUUUGCAAUUGAGGGGAAAGACUCGCCAUAUCGGACACUAAACUUCACCUUUGAGUCACAUGACUUUGACAGGCUGGUAGAAUUAAGUUGCUAUAAUGUACUGAAUAACAAGGACACUAUUUUGAAAGCACUGAGUUUGGGUUUAAACCGGCGCAAGUUAAAAAAUGACAGUAGGAAAUGAGCAUUUCCUUGGAAACCAAAACGUGAAUGGAUUGCAGUACUUCAUGAAGGAUACACGUAAGAGAAUAAUGAGCCUGCAAAGUAUCCUUUUAUGUGAAUGUAAGUUACACAAAUAAAUUCCCUUGAGACUGCACUGGACACAUCCAUAUACAAAUAAACUGUUUACUCUUCCCUUUUCUAACUUUCCCACCUGUAUACAGAAAAGGCCCCAGAGGAUGGAGCAUGGGCAGGGUUAGGGUUUCUGACACCCUACAUGACGUUUGUCUAGGCACACCCCCAGCCAAAAAGUGCAGAGCCCCGACUUUAAUUUGAGCCAUACAGACUGCUCAUUUGCUGGGAUGGGAGAGCAAAGCAAGGCAAAGUUGGCUUUGCUCAUUCUUUCUCCCCAUGCACUCCACCACUCCCCUCAGGGGAGGAAAGUGGGUGGGCGACCCCAGCAAAUCAGAUAUGUCAGUAAUUGCUUGGAGAGAAAAAGGGAGGCAUGUAGCUUCCCGCUCAAAUUGGUGCCCAUCUAGGUCUGCCUAGUGGAUGGGCCAACCCUGAGCGUGGGAAUAAUCUGUUUAUUUAUGUAUUUAUUUUUUACAUUUAUAUCCCGCUCUUCCUCCUAGGAGCUCAGAGCAUUCUACAUGGUUAUUUUUAUCCUCACAAAACCCCGUGAAGUUGGUUAGGCUGAGAGAUACAUGACUGGCCCUGAGUCACCCAGUGAGUUUCAUGGCUGAAUGGGGAUUCGAACUUGGGUCUUCCUGGUCCUAGUCCAACACUCUAACCACUAUGCUAUGCUGGCUCUAUUGGUGCUGCCAGUCCAGUAUUUAAGAUCUAUGUUGACAAACCACAGGGGUGUGUCAGAAGGGGUGUCCACAGGGGUGUGACGGAUGUGUCAGCAAUUUUUGGCCAUCCUUCAGUUCUGCACACUACAUCCCAACUUUUCUAACUCUCAGCUUUGGUGGGGGGUGAGCUGAGAGGGGGCUGUCAUGGAAAGCAGGGGGCUGUCAUGGAAAGCUGGAGGCAAGAAAACCCUCAUUGUGUGAGAGGACUUGUAAACCAACCCAGUGAAAAACAAGGCUUUGUUGUUAGCUGAGCCUCCUAUGAUAACACUUGGGCAAAGCUAAGCUAGCUCUUGUUUGGAGUUUAACUCAUUCUGGGCAACAAGAACAUCUGAGUUUAAUUUUCAGCUUUAAACUAUCAAGUGACCUGAGUUCUAACAAAAUAAAAAAUUACCCUUUUAACCUAAUAUCAUACCAGAGUAUUUGCAAUUUCCUGCUUUUAAUUAGGAGCAAACUAAUUGUCUAGGUAUGGUACACUUGACUCUGAAAUUAUUCUCUCUUCUCUCAUCUGUCACUUUUGGAUUUGAUGAACGUUCGGGCCAUGGUGGAAAAUUCACUUUCCUUUGACUGUCUGACCUUCCUUCUCAACUACAUUGUUAGUCUGGGAAUGGUCCCUUUAACAAAAUCAUUCAUUGGGCAAUUCAUUGAGUCUGUUCACACAUGCAGCAAAGAUCGAAUUUGGCUACCUCAGCCUUACUUUUGCUGCUCAUGUGAACUGUCAGUAGCUGUGCUGCAGCAAACCUGCCUCUGGAGCCCGCCUCCAAAAUGAGGUUAAGGGAGCACGUGCUCUCUUGGCCCCAUUUUGUUGAUUGUCUGCCAGCCCUGGCUACUUGUAACCGAGGCAGGGAGACACUCGUGUGGUGCAUUAUGGGAUUUCUGAGGUGUGUGUGGGACAACAUGUCCCACCCCCGACUCUCCACCGCUGCUGGGAGGAGCCUGUGUGGGCAUGCGAUCCGCACACCCAGCUGGACGGGGCAGUUGUCUGGGGGAGGUAAGGUUUAAAGCUUUCCUCCCCACACACCCCAAGCCUUUUCUCACAGAUCGUGAGAAAGUGCUCAUUGUUUAGGCUUGCUCUUUUCUACUCUCUGUCUCCUCCUUACCUCAGGCAGAAUCUGCUGAGAAAAUCUGAGAACUUUUUAUAUUUGUUUUUAUGGUUAUGCUUGUAAAUUGUCUUAAUGAAUGUAGAAUCGAUAUGACUUGAAGAUGCUGUUCCUGUGGAUCAUGGGAUGCAGUGACUACGUGCUUAAGUGGGAAGCUUUUGGAAUAGAAACUGUAGCCCUGUUCAGAUAUUAUGUUGUACAUAGGUCCAGGUUUCUGUAUAGUACACAUGUACAUGUUCUCGGCUGGAUGACUAUACCUGUGUUCAUAUUAAAGAUGGACCUGGGCACAGGGACCCUGAAAUGUAGGAUGCAAAAACGAAGUGUACUUCUGUACCUGCAUUCAACAUAACUUGUGAAUAACUAUGUCUAUAUGGUAUACCCAGACUGUUCCUGCGUUGAACAUUAUGUGUGAAUAGGGCUAGUGAUGCCAACAUAUUUAAUCCUGGGUUUGGGUGAACUGGCCAACAUCUGUGCAUGAGGAGGAGUAUUCAUGACUUAUCUGAAAAGCAGUCAGCAUACAUUUUGAUUGUCAGGGCAGAAAUAUUAGCAUUCACUUGAAAUCCACAGGAAACUGCACUUCUAUGUAUUUCAAAAAGUUAUGUUAAUUUGUAAUGUUUUGUAAAGAAACACAUUUAUGUACUUCCAUGAAUAAAAUUAUUUUUUUCCAA